AAAAUGGAAAGAGGGAAAACACUUUGGCUGUGUUAUGUAUGCAAUGCAUUAACAGUUGUGUUUUGUAGGGUAGAAUUGAUUAUGGGGAGAAGAGAUAAGAGUGUAGGAACAGGGAACUAAAGAAGGACCAGUACAACCACAACUGCCAGGUUCAGGGGUUCCUUGGAGUAGCAUUAAAGACACUGUUCCAGAUCUUCCCUCACACAUCACCACCACCACCACCCAAAUCACAAUUCUUCACAAAUUUAUGCAAUCGAAUGGAACCAAACAACUUUUAUAAGAGGAAACAUGCAUUCCUGUCUUUAUGACCUUUUAGCUCGGACAAGGAAAAAACAAAUGGCUUCUGCUUCUGACCAUUUUUCUAUCUUCUUCAUCAUCACCCUUUUCCUCCUCCUGUCAUCACACAUUUUUACUGUCGCGGAUUCUCUUUUCAAUGCAGUCGGAAGCUUCCAACUUCAUGCCCUACCAGAUAUGCAUUUCAUUGAAGGGAAUGAUGAAAACCAGAUUAAGAAAAUCUCAGGACUCGAUGAGAAUGAAAAGAAGCAAGCUUUCAUAGUGGACAAGUUUAGAUCCUUGCUUGGACUAAAGACUUUCCACACCAAAGUACCACCUAAUGGUGAUUUCGACUUUCUCUCUCCCUCACCUUCUCCAUCUCCCCUCAUUGAAGAUGCUCAGGCUUCAGCCCCUUCUCCUUCUCCACUUCCACACGUGCACUCUCAUUCCCAUCAUCCACGGCAACGCACGAAUCCACCGCUUCACCAAACUCAUCAUGAAGAUAGAGGCAGGGCCAAAAUAAUACUAAUAGCUGUUCUUGUAUCUGCUGGUGUUGCUACAUUGAUUGGUGCUUGUGGAUUAUUCUUGUUGUGGAGGAAAUUCUCAAGUCACAAAAAGAAACCCAAAAGGACAAUGCCACUCUGUAGCAAGAGCAAGGGAAGUGGAGGUUCUUAUCAAAGUUCAUCCAGCAAGGUGAGUUUAAACUCUGGACUAGAUCUGUUUUAUCUUAAUGCUUUGGGCGAGGACGUUGAGCAACACGGUUGCACCUUGAAAAAAACUUGCAAGGAUGGUGUAGAGUAUGAUAAUGUUAGCGGUUCUUUCACCAAGGAAAUUGCAUCUGUUCAUGAAGAUGCAGACUCAGAAAAGGGUGAAACUGAAUCUGAUGGCGACAACUCUUCUGGGGAUAAGAUUAUCCCUGAAGAUUGUCAUUCUUCAGACGAUGAAAGCUUCCAUUCCUUCGUUGAUUCUCAUUCCAAUAAUAGACUUUCCAAUGCUUCACCUUGUAAUCUUAGUGACACAAACUCUCUGUCACGUCAAAAUUCAAGUUCAUUACUGAACCAAUUUCUUAGCUCUCCAUCACACAACUCGAUCCCAAAUACACAAUCUCACCAACCAUCAAGUAGUACAAAACAUGAGGAGCAAGAGACUGAGACCACUCACCAAUGUUCAAAAACAUUUACUCCCCCUCCACCACCACCACCACCACCUCCUCCUCCUCCACCAUUGCAAAUGCCAUUGUUUUCUUUGCAUUCUCUCACUUCUUCCUCUAGAGUCUCUUCUCAUUCCCCACUUUCUUUGACAUCUAACAAUUUAUCAUCUCCGGUAAAUUCAGACACUUUCUCAGGUUCAAAUCAAAGUCCGGAAAAGGAGUUGCCUUCCACACCUGAACCUUACCCUACACAUUCUCCUCCCAACAUCCCCCCACCACCAUGCCCACCUCCAUUUCUCAAAGGCAAUAGUAACAAUGCCAAAACCCCACCUCCUCCUCCACCGUCUCAACUCCCCCAAUUCACCCCACUUGGUAAAGAUGGUGCACCAUUGCCAAAACUAAAACCACUUCACUGGGACAAAGUAAGAGCCGCACCAAAUCGCACAAUGGUUUGGGAUAAACUGCGAUCGAGCUCAUUCGAGUUGGAUGAGGAAAUGAUCGAGUCUCUUUUUGGUUACAACUUGCAAAAUUCAAUUAAGAACGACGAAACAAAGAGUAAAACCCCGUCACCAGGCAAGCACGUACUUGAGCCAAAACGCCUGCAGAACAUAACUAUACUCUCAAAAGCUCUGAAUGCGACAGCAGAGCAUGUCUGCGAGGCCUUAAUGCAAGGGAAGGGGCUGUCUUUACCCCAACUAGAAGCACUAGUGAAGAUGGUACCCACCAAGGAAGAAGAAUCCAAGCUCUUCAAUUAUAAAGGUGACAUCAAUGAAUUGGGGUCCGCCGAAAGGUUCGUGAGAGCAAUGCUUGAUGUGCCAUAUGCCUUUCAAAGAGUAGAAGGCAUGCUUUUCAGAGAGACGUUUGACGAUGAAGUAGUUCACCUCAGGAACUCAUUUUCAAUGCUUGAGGAAGCAUGCAAGGAACUUCGAUCAAGCAGGUUAUUCUUGAAGCUACUAGAAGCAGUGCUCAAAACAGGAAACCGUAUGAACGUUGGAACAAUCAGAGGAGGUGCUAGAGCAUUUAAACUAGAUGCCCUUCUCAAGCUUGCAGAUGUUAAGGGAACUGAUGGGAAAACCACAUUGCUCCAUUUUGUUGUUCAGGAGAUUGUUCGUUCGGAAGGAGUAAGAGUUUCAGAUAGCAUUAUGGGAAAAAUCAGCCAGAGAAGUAAGAACAGAACGGAGGAAGAGAAGGAAGAAGAUUACAAAAGAAUGGGAUUAGAACUUGUUUCUGGUCUCAGCACUGAGUUAUACAACGUGAAGAAAACAGCCACAAUAGACUUGGAUGUUCUUGCAAGCUCUGUGUCGAAUCUAUCAGAAGGUAUGAAAAAGCUGCAACAUAUAGUGGAAAAGGAACUGCAUAAAGAUGAGAGAAGCAUUAACUUUGUACAGUGUAUGAAGUCAUUUCUGAAGUAUGCUGAUGCAAACUUGAAAGAGUUACGAGGAGAUGAAAAUAAAGUAUUGGUACGUGUGAAAGAAAUCACGGAAUAUUUUCAUGGGGAUGUGAGCAAAGAAGAUGCAAAUCCUUUGAGGAUAUUUGUGAUUGUUAGAGAUUUUCUGGGGAUGUUAGAUAAUGUGUGUAAAGAACUUAGAAAGUCUAAAGCUCCACGUAGUCCAAAUCCUCUUGCAAUGCUCCCUUUAGAUAGAUCAUAGAUUAGAAUUAAACACUGUCUCGUGUGUUCAUAGGAAAUGAAAAAUUUUAAACAGAGUGUAACUUUAUUUUUGUUUUUAUGCAGUUUUGGAGUAUCUGGAUUUUGUAUUCA